UUUAUGUUUAGUUAGUUUUUGUGUGUCAAUGUCAAACAAUUUCAAAACCAAAGCUGAAAGUUUUAAAAAGUUAUUAAAUUAUUAAAAACACAAAUAUUAUAAAAAAAAUUGGAGUAAAAUCCAAGAAAGUAAAACAAUUAUUCUUCUCCAAUAUUUAAUUUUUCAACAAAAUGAAUACCGAACAAGAAUACACAAGAGAAGAAUUAGCACAGAUGCUAACCGAGAGCGCUCACAGAUUGUGGAGACAAUUCAAGGCGGCUGGGAAUAAAUUACUGUACGACUGGGGAGGAUACGAUUUGAUUGACAAGAGCGCCCGACUUGCAGCCAAGUACCCGUUUGUUGCCUUAAGUGCUGUGCUUGGAUUUCUUGUAAUUUUCCUUCCAUUCUUGGUUCUCAUGGCUUUCGGAUUAUCGACCAUGGCCAUAACAUUUACCGGGUUUAUGCUUCUUGAGGGAACUCUUCUAACAAUAGCAUCAAUCCUCCUGUUUGGCUGCUUAGGAGCUAUUCUAUUGGUUUUCUUGUUCUUUGGUAUUCUUAUGUUAGCCGGUUAUUUCGGCUUUGUUCACAUCUACGACUUGUACAACAAUUCAAACGAUCGUAGUGCACUUAGGCAGUUCUUACGACGUGAACGUACACAGGGAGAAUCUCUUCACUAAAGACAAGGCGAAUCUUAAACUUCCAACCUAGAAUAAGUACAUCGCAUGACCAUAUAAAUUUACAUCACUCAUGAUUUAGUUCAUUUGCUUAUUUUUUUUUUACUCUCAUAGAUAAGGACACAUAAAUUAUAAACUAUAUUCUUUUACUUUAAGUUAAGUUUAGUUGAUAGAAAUGACAUACAUACAUAGAUUUUAUAUUUGCAUUUAUUGUU